AAGCGCAAGUAUGAGUGAGGGUUUAGAAACGCCUGAGGGAGUUGUAUAGACGGCCGCGGCGACUGCCGGGACGAAGAGAGCAAUGGCGUCGAUGAACAAGGCGCGGUGGACGACUCCGGUGCGCACAAUCCGGCGCGUUGGGUGGGCGGUCGCAGUCCCUCAUUCCUGUGGAGGAUCCGUUCGGCGAUCCCGGGCCGUUGUCGCCUUAGUAAGAGGAAGCGAUGGAACGGCCCCCGUGUUGUUGGGGUAGAUUGCGCGGCGUAGCUCGCCCCGCCCUGCUGUCCAAUCCAAGCGGCGGCCAUCCUUUGCCCUGGCCGCACGCCGGAGCGGCGGACCACGGCAGCCGUGCCCCGCAGCCCAUCCAUCCAGGAGGGCGGGCAGCGCAUUGGCGUGCCUUGUGGUGUUAUUCCCACCCGCGCAGCAUGCCCGGGCGCGCCCGGCUCCUUCGUUGGCCAUUGCUAGUAGCGGCGUCGCAGCCCGGGGCGUUGCGCCCACCCGGGCCCCAGGAUUUGCUGAGCUGGGUGCCGGCCCAACAGUGCGGCGCGUGGCUUCUUUUCCCGUUGGCACCACGUCGGAGGAAGCCGGUCGGACCGGUCAGCGAAUCGGAAAUGAAGCGGGCGGGGCUUCAUACGGGAUGGCUGCGCGGGCAAAUGCACAGCGCGGAAGAAAUCGGCGCCGGCCGCCAGCAGUAGCUAGCCGCUACCCUACC